AAGAAAGAGUAGCUGACAGGACCAGAGAGGAGAGGCGGGCAGCUGCAGUGUGGAGAGAGCUGCUGGCCCUGGCCAGGUGGGAGACUUCACCUGGUAAAGGGUCUUCCUUGCGCUAACAUUCAUUUGGAGACACAGGGCAAAGUUGCUGUUUUCUUAUCUACAUAAAGCCUCUUACCUUUUUAAAAGAUUUUUGCUGUGGAAUUCCCAAGCAGACAGGAAGAGAGGCAUCUUCUGACAGAGCAACUGCUCAAUUCCCGCUGGAUUCUGCACCGGGGCAGCAGCUGCGGCUUGGACACCAGGGCAGUGUGAGUCUCUCCCAGCCGACCUCCUGCAGCCAGGUCUACAGGACUUGAGAACUUCCCAGUGUAUGGUGAGCUGGACCUGAUUUCAAAAUUGUCUGGUGCUGGAGGAGAAGGUGGAUCUGCAGAGAUCACGCUAGAAGAGAGCCCUUUUCCCCUUCAGUGGCCAGGCCACCAUGGGCAAUGUCUUUUUGAGGGUUUGGGCAUACUUCAAGCUCUGUCUCCCCUGUGUGUCCGAGGACACCACCGACAGUCCAGUGGUGAUUGUGAAUCGAGGGGCCCACCAUGCUCCUGACCCUCCACAGUCACUGAAGCAGAAACCGAUCAUCCUGUACUUUGUUGCUCUGUUUGAUUACGAAGCUCGAACUGCCGAGGACUUGAGCUUCCAUGCAGGCGACAAACUCCAAGUCCUGAACACUUCCCAAAAGGGCUGGUGGUGGGCCAGACACUUGGAGAAGGAAGACAGUUCUGGCCAGCGGCUGGAAGGCUAUAUCCCUUCUAACUACGUGGCCGAGGACAGCAGCCUCCAGGCAGAGCCGUGGUUCUUUGGAGCAGUCAGUAGAGCAGACGCAGAAAAUCAACUGUUAUAUCCAAAAAACCAGACGGGCGCCUUUCUAAUCAGAGAAAGUGAAACCCAUAAAGGAGACUUCUCCCUUUCAGUUUUAGAUGGAAAAGUUGUGAAACACUACAGAAUCGGAAGACUGGAUGGAGGGAACUUUUUUAUUACUCCGAGAAAGACAUUUUCAACUUUAAAUGAAUUUGUGAGCUAUUACAGCACAAUAAGUGAUGGCCUGUGUGUCAGGCUAGGAAAACCAUGCUUAAAGAUACAAGUUCCGACUACUUUUGACUUGUCCUAUAAUACUGUGGACCACUGGGAGAUAGACCGCAGCUCUGUGCAGCUUCUGAAGCGGCUUGGAACUGGUCAGUUCGGCGAGGUCUGGGAAGGCCUGUGGAACAACACCGUGUCAGUGGCUGUGAAAACACUAAAACCAGGUUCAAUGGAUCCGAAGAAGUUCCUGGGGGAGGCAGAGAUAAUGAAGACUCUGAGACAUCCGAAGCUUAUCCAGCUCUAUGCUGUUUGCAGUUCAGAAGAGCCGAUUUAUAUUAUUACAGAAUUGUUGAGACAUGGAAGUCUGCGAGAGUAUCUCCAAAUUGAUGCUGGGUCAAAAAUCCAUCUGGCUCAACAAGUAGACAUGGCGACGCAGGUGGCAUCUGGGAUGGCCUACCUGGAGCUCAACAACUACAUCCACAGAGAUCUGGCUGCUAGAAACGUCCUCGUUGGUGAACAUAAUAUCUACAAAAUAGCAGACUUUGGACUUGCAAGAAUUUUAAAGGUAGAUAAUGAAGACAUGUAUAAAAUGAAAGACCAAGAAAAGCUGCCCAUAAAGUGGACUGCGCCUGAAGCCCUUCAGAAUAAUACAUUUAGCAUUAAAUCCGAUGUAUGGUCCUUUGGAAUUCUUCUUUAUGAAAUCAUUACUUACGGCAAAGUGCCUUACAGUGGCAAGACACAUAAUGAAGUUGUCCUGAUGUUGCGUCAAAACUAUCGGCUCCCACAACCACCUAACUGUCCCCAGAAAUUCUACAACAUCAUGAUGGAAUGCUGGCAUGAGAACCCUAAGGAACGACCGACAUUUGAGAGACUGCAUUUGACAUUUGAGGAUUAUUUUCAGGCAGACUUAUAUUCAGAAGGAAAUAACUUCAUAAGAUGAAUACCAAAGGAGAACUAAUGAAGAAAUGAAAAAGUGAAUAAUCAGUUCAGAAAUACAAUCAAUGCCACCUGCAAAAAUCAGUUUAUCUUGAUAUAUUCAAGUAAUAGGAUAAAUUUGGUCAUGCAUUAUUAAAAUAAAAAAUUAUUAUUAUUAUUAUUAUUAAAUUAUUAAAAUAAUGCUACAUGGGGAUUUUAUUGAUAAGAAAAUACUGUAGAAUAGCCCACAAUGAUACAUCAUUGUCUCCUGUACAGUAAAAUCAAACACACUAAAUUAUUUCUUUUUAAGAGAUAUUUACAUUUCUAUUUAUUGUUUUGAAUGCCAAUCAAAAGAAUAAACAGUUGAUAGUCAGUCUUUACUCAGUAGUAAGCCCAGCAUUUUCUUGUUUACUGAUUAGACUGGUUAUUCACUAUUCCUUGGGUUGCUGAGUCCCUUCAGGCUGUUAUGAUGAAGGGAACUGAUUGCUUUGCUGCACAGCGGGACCUGUGCUUUGAGAUAUUUUUUUCUUUUUAAAAAUAUCCUGGAACUACCAUGAUGACAAAGCUAUGUUCAAUGACUUGAUUGUACUUGAAGUAAUUGCACAUAUUUUCCCUAUGUAUAAAAAUCAUGAAGCAGCUGUUGAGAAAAAGAAUUAAAACCUUUUUCAUUUUGUAGGAGGAAAUGAUGGAAUUUUUCUAUACAUCAGUAUGUGUCUUCCGAGAUUCAUUUACAUUAGUUUUAAUCUGUUAAUGUUAAGAAUCAGGUGGCAAAGCUGGUGAAUUAUUAUGUACAAAAAUAUGCAAGAAAUACCUAAUAACCAGAGCCUAAGGAAUAAGUAUUAAAGUAGUUUAAGAAAGUAAGAGAAGAAUGGUAAGUUUAUUAGGGCCUUCUGGGUAAUUAAAAAACAUACUUUGGCAUAUAGGUCAGUUGUAAAUUAACUAGAAAGCCUAUCUAGCUCUGUUUCCGAUCCAGAGGCUAGCAGUAGUGACUGGUAUUAAAAUUGUAUUUUUAGACUAGUGGGACAAGAAGGUUUUCACUUCUUUAAAUCUAUAUUAUCCUUGAUAAUAAAGAGAGUGUCACCUUAAACAA